AUGCGGUCCCUAAUCUCCGCGCUCCACCGGACCGCCGCAUCCAUACGAACUUCCACCCCCUCCUCCUCCUUCUCUAUCUUCCACACCCGCCGCAACCCCAAAACGCUCGACUCAAUCUGCCCCAGAUGCCGCAUUCAACAGACCCGAUCCUACAGUCGGCAGUUAGCAGACGACCCAGCCUGGCUCAGCGUGGUCGACAACCCGGCGAAGAUCGUCCGAACAGGCAAUAAGCAUGGACCGGGGCUGAUUAUUCUAGCCCUAAUCCCAAUAAUCUCCUUCGGCCUGGGCACCUGGCAAAUCCAGCGGCUAGACCGCAAAACGAAGAUGAUCGCGACCUUCGAAGACCGGCUCGUCAAGCCGCCACUGCCACUACCGCCGCGGAUCGACCCAGACGCGAUCUCGGAGUUCGACUACCGGCGCGUCUACACGACAGGCCGGUUCCGACACGACCAGGAGAUGCUCGUGGGACCGCGCAUGCACGACGGCAAGGACGGGUUCUUCGUGGUGACGCCGCUGGAGCGCGGGGAGGGCGAGUCGACCAUCCUUGUGAAUCGAGGGUGGAUCUCGCGGAAGCAGAAGGAUCAGAAGGUGCGCGAUCAGGAGGGGGAGAGGGGUGGCGCUGCUGCCCUGCCGCGCGGGGAGGUCGUGGUUGAGGGGCUGCUGCGGGAGCCCUGGAAGAAGAAUAUGUUCACCCCGGAUAAUGUGCCGCAGGAGGGGAAGUUCUAUUUCCCCGAUAUUCAGCAGAUGGCUGAGCUGACCGGGAGUCAGCCUGUUUGGAUUGAGCAGACUAUGGUCCCCGAUCUGGUCGAGUCGUAUACUCGAGAGGCUAAGGGUAUUCCCAUCGGUCGUGCCGCCGAGGUGAACUUGCGGAAUAACCACAGCCAGUACAUCUUCACAUGGUACGGCUUGUCGCUGGCCACGUCCAUCAUGUUGUGGAUGAUCAUUCGCAAGCGGCCGAACGAGGCCACUCGUCAUGUCCGGUUGAACCGUAAUUGGUAAGGCCAGAUCAGUGAUCAUAGCCCACCAAUCGGUGGCGGCGUUGGGGUUGUAUGUUAAGGAAGAUUCAUGUAUAUGUAUCAACAAUUCAUGGUGG